CAUUUUAAAUACCUGGAGUUUAAUGGGCGUGCAGAAAAGUCCGAAUGAAAUCUGAUUUCAUGUCCGUCUCUGUGGUCAAAGCGGCAAAUACAAUUCCAACGUCGGAGAAGUCUGACUAGCUCAGAGAGUGGUUCUCUCUUCUCACCUUUGGAAGGUGCAAGGCAGGGUAAGUGUGGGAGCAUCUCGUUGGUAUAAACACUCAAGUUUGUCAUCCUAACCCACCAAUUUCAAGUAUCUCCGUGAAUGGGCCAGGCUGCUUCCGCGGCCGCAAUCACUUGCCGUCGCCAAACCAGUCACAGCCACUGCUCCGCGUCAAAAUCCAGAUCACCACCGUUCAUUUCUCCGAUGCUUUUCACUGAAAGCCACGAGUCCCCAAAUGAGGUCAUCCAUGCAGUGCCUGAUCACAUCUCUGAGCUUCCCGACGAGUGUCUGGCUUGCAUUUUCCAGUCAUUAAGCUCCGCCGACCGUAACCGCUGCUCCCUCGUGUGCCGGCGUUGGCUUCGGGUCGAGGGACAGAGCCGUCACCGUCUCUCUCUUAACUCUCAAUCAGAUCUUCUCCCGGUUAUCCCCUCUCUCUUCUCACGUUUUGAUUCGGUCACGAAGCUCGCUUUGAAAUGCGACCGUAGAUCCGUUAGCAUCGGGGACGAAGCGCUCGUUCUUAUCUCUCAGCGAUGCCCUAAUCUGACUCGCUUGAAACUCCGUGCUUGCCGUGAACUUACGGAUGCUGGCAUGGAGAUCUUUGCUAAGAAUUGCAAGGGUUUGAAGAAACUUUCCUGUGGAUCUUGCACCUUUGGAGCCCCAGGGAUGAAUGCGGUGCUCGAUCAUUGCGCCUCUAUAGAAGAUCUAUCUGUCAAGCGUCUCCGGGGAACUACCGAUAUAGCAUCGGUGGAGACUAUUGGACCUGGAGUUGCAGCAUCAUCUCUCAAAAAUAUUUGUUUAAAAGAGCUAUAUAAUGGACAAUGUUUUGGGCCACUUAUUCUUGGCUCGAAGAAUUUAAGGACCCUGAAGAUUUUCAGGUGCUCUGGCGAUUGGGAUAGACUUUUUCAACUCCUAGCGGCAGAUCGAGUACCAAAUAUAGUCGAAGUCCAUCUUGAGAGGCUCCAGACAAGCGAUGUCGGCUUAGAGGCAAUCUCGAAUUGCUCGAGUCUGGAAGUUUUGCAUCUUGUCAAGACUCCAGAGUGCACAGAUUUAGGGCUUAUCGCAAUUGCAGAACGAUGUAAGCUCUUACGGAAACUUCAUAUUGACGGGUGGAAGACGAAUCGUAUAGGUGAUGAAGGUCUAAUAGCAGUCGCUAAAUACUGCCCAUGUCUUCAGGAAUUGGUCCUUAUUGGUGUUAAUCCCACUAAUGCGAGUUUGGAAAUGUUGGCAUCCAAUUGCCAGAAUCUGGAGCGGUUGGCGCUAUGUGGAACUGAAACUGUUGGUGAUCUUGAAAUAUCGUGCAUUGCAGCCAAAUGCACUGCAUUGAAGAAACUCUGUAUUAAGAGCUGUCCUGUGUCUGACCAUGGUUUGGAGGCACUCGCAUCUGGUUGCCCGAAUUUGCUGAAAGUAAAGGUUAAGAAGUGCAAGGGCGUGACCUCUGAAGGUGUGAAUUGGCUGAGGUUAUGUAGGGGGUCGCUCGCUGUAAAUUUAGAUGCUGUUGAAGCAGAACAUCAGGGCGCUGGUGCUAGUGAUGGUGGCGCUCAGGAAAAUGGCCUAGAAACCCCACCAAUCCCCAGCGAGGCCGCAGCCUCUGCUACCAUUGCAUCAAGCAGUACUGGUCGAUCAAGUUCAUUCAAGUCAAGGCUUGGACUUUUUUCUGGGAAAAGCUAUGUCGUCUGCACUUUGAGAAGAUUGUCUGGGGGUAGUCGUAGUUCCCGGCAUAGUUAGACUGAGGGAAUUUUAGUCACCAAAGUGAUGGGCAAUUCAAGCCAUUGACCAUUCAUAUUAUUUGGUGAUGCUAUCACUUGAUUCUUUCUCGCGCUUGUAUUUAUAGCUAAAGUUUCUUGUGUGUUGCGUUUUUGCUUUUGGAGAUGAAUCUUCUUUAGUUAAAUUGGCAAAGUCAAUUUAUUUCUGUUGUUUUUCUCCCAAAUUAUUAUUGCCGUUGGGUUAGUUAGCUGUUGAUCUUACCUCUUCUCAGACUUGUCCGUAUCAUCAUCCAAUUGAUUCCUAGUGCACAUAGUUUUGUAAACUGCAGGCUGUCAGGGUUUCAGGGAUUAUGAAUUUAUUUGUUCUGUGAUGACGUGUGUAUGAAACUUCCAAUGGUUUUGUUAGAUCUUUGUCUUUGAUAGAUAACUGGAGGAAAGCACGACGCAAGCUUCUACUUUAGGCUUUGGCUUAGCAAAGGAAACAACUGAAUUUCUCGUUUGAUUCUAGCAUGCAUUCCUUAAGCUUCUCCUCUGAUGUAUAGGCGUACAGUCCCAUUGCCGCAAAGUAGAUUCGAUGCGUUUGUGAUCGGAUAUCUGGGGUUAAGGUGAUCAUGUUAUCAAAUAAGGCGAGUUCUCAGAUUUACUGUAUUGCUUAUCACUUAUCAGACCUGCUUUAUGGCGGUUGCGGGUUUGCUUUUCUUGUACGAAGUGUGUCUCUGUCCUGUGAUGCUGCCUAAUUCAACAUACAUGCGGAAAUAACACUUCGAUUCUAUUUCGUUUUA